AUUCACAAAAUCAUCAAAAAUAAAAUCAUGUCUUCUUCUUCUUUUUCUUAUUUGUUGACUUGUCUUAUUUUGUUAUCAUCACUUUCAUAUAUCUCCUUUGCUGCCAAUCCAAGAACUCCUAUUGAUGUUCCAUUUGGCCGUAAUUAUGUUCCUACUUGGGCUUAUGAUCAUAUCAAAUACUUAAAUGGUGGCUCUCAAAUUCAGCUUACUCUUGAUAAGUACACUGGUACUGGCUUCCAAUCUAAAGGGUCUUAUUUAUUUGGCCACUUUAGUAUGUACAUCCAAAUGGUUGCUGGUGAUUCAGCAGGCACAGUCACUGCUUUCUAUUUAUCUUCUCAAAAUGCAGAACAUGAUGAGAUAGACUUUGAAUUCUUAGGAAACAGAACAGGUGAACCUUACAUAUUACAAACAAAUGUUUUCACAGGAGGCAAAGGUGACAGAGAACAAAGAAUCUAUCUUUGGUUUGAUCCUACAAAAGCUUAUCAUAGAUAUUCUGUCUUGUGGAACAUGUUUCAAAUUAUUUUCUUUGUGGAUGAUGUCCCAAUUAGGGUAUUCAAGAACAACAAUGAGUUAGGAAUAAAAUAUCCAUUUAAUCAACCAAUGAAAAUAUACAAUAGUUUAUGGAAUGCUGAUGAUUGGGCCACAAGGGGUGGUUUGGAGAAAACAGAUUGGUCAAAAGCACCAUUUAUAGCUUCUUACAAAGGGUUUCAUGUUGAUGGUUGUGAAGCUUCUGUCAAUGCAAAAUUUUGUGACACACAAGGAAAAAGAUGGUGGGAUCAGCCUGAAUUUCAUGAUCUUGAUGCUGCUCAAUGGCAAAGGUUAAAAUGGGUGCAUUCGAAAUAUAUCAUUUAUAAUUAUUGUACCGAUCGUAAACAUUUUCCUCAAAUUCCUGCGGAGUGUGUAAGAGACAGAGAUAUUUAAUUAAAUUUUAAUGUAUUAUAUAUAUUGUUGGUUACUAUUAUUUGAUAAAAAUUUAUUAUCAAUAAUAAUGACUAAGAUAUAUGGUAUUGUGAAUAAUCAUAUUAUUAAAAUUCGGAUGAAAAUGAGAUUUCAUUUUUAUGUUUUAAGUAAUUAAUACUCCAUAAAGUUCUUAUUUAUACUUUCUUCAUCACAUGUAAGUGGACGACCUAUGCAAAGUGGUUGGUUGUUUAUAAUUUAUAUCAUUUAGUGUUAUUAUUGUUUAAUGUAAUUGUUUGAGCUAUGUAAUUAGUCAAAGAAUUGUGGAAUGGAAUGAGAUGAGUCUCUCGCUUUGUAUUUUAA